AUGGCGGCUGCAAACGGUGGUGGGAACCCGCAAACCGGUCCGGGAUUGAGUCGCUUGAGCUGGAGUAAAGGGCCCUCGGCGGUGGCAGUCCGGGACGGCCCGGAUCCUUACCGCUCCGGUAUCUGCUAUGCUCUCCUCUACCUGGUGGUGUCGGCCCGUGUGGGGUUUUGCCGAGACUGCGACAAGACGCCGUGUAUCUACGGGAGAUGUGUGAAUGGGAGCUGCAUCUGUGACCAAGGAUGGGUCGGCGAACAGUGUCAACACUGCGGGGGUAGAUUCAAAUUAACUGAACCAUCAGGAUAUUUAACAGAUGGACCAAUAAAUUAUAAAUAUAAAACUAAAUGCACAUGGUUAAUUGAAGGAUAUCCAAAUGCUGUAUUAAGGUUGCGAUUUAACCACUUUGCCACAGAAUGUAGCUGGGACCAUAUGUACGUAUAUGAUGGUGAUUCAAUAUAUGCACCUUUGAUAGCUGUGUUCAGUGGUCUGAUAGUUCCAGAGGUGCAUGGGAAUGAGACUGUACCUGAAGUGGUUACCACAUCUGGCUAUGCAUUACUGCACUUUUUUAGUGAUGCUGCUUAUAACUUAACUGGAUUUAAUAUUUUUUACUCGAUUAAUUCCUGCCCAAACAAUUGCUCAGGCCAUGGAAAGUGCGUGACUGGAAAUAGUGGCAGGGUGUUCUGUGAAUGCGAUGAAUAUUGGAAAGGGGAAGCUUGUGACAUUCCAUAUUGUAAGGACAACUGUGGAAGCCCAGAUCAUGGUUACUGUGACCUAACUGGAGAGAAACUCUGUGUCUGUAAUGACAGCUGGCAAGGACCAGAUUGCUCUUUGACUGUUCCAUCAAUGGAAUCCUACUGGGUACUGCCAAACAUUAAACCCUUUAGCCCCAGUGUGAGCCGUGCAUCUCACAAGGCUGUUGUAUAUGGGAAGUUUAUGUGGGUGAUUGGUGGAUAUACCUUCAAUUAUAGUUCAUCGCAGAUGAUCCUUAAGUAUGAUUUGGAGAGCAAUGGGUGGGCAGGUGUACCCAUAGUAAGUGUUGCAAGACCAUCUUCAAGAUAUGGACAUUCCUUAACAUUAUAUCAGGAUGAUAUUUACAUGUAUGGAGGAAAAAUUGAUACUGAUAAUGGAAAUAUCACAAAUGAACUAUGGAUCUUCAAUAUCCCCACUCUCUCAUGGACGAGGAAGAUUCCAACUGUUCUCUCCCCUGGGCAACAGUAUGAUGUAGAAGGGCAUUCUGCACACAUCAUUGAAAUGGACAGUGGCGAUGUUAUCAUGAUUAUCAUUUUUGGAUAUUCUGCACUUUAUGGUUACAUAAACAGUGUUCAGGAAUACAAUAUUAAAACCAACAUGUGGUUAGUACCAGAUAUCAAAGGUGCAAUCGUCCAGGGUGGAUAUGGGCACAGCAGUGUUUAUAAUGCGAUGACAAAAUCAAUUUAUGUGCAUGGAGGAUACAAAGCAUUUACAAACAAUAAGUAUGGUUUGGUGGAUGAUCUCUACAAGUACACAGUAACUACCCGUACUUGGACAAUCCUUAAAGAAAGCGGAUUUGCUCGUUAUCUACAUUCAGCGGUCAUCAUCAGUGGGGCUAUGCUCAUUUUUGGCGGGAAUACCCAUAAUGACACAUCUCUGAGCAAUGGAGCAAAAUGUUUCUCUGCUGAUUUCCUAGCAUAUGACAUUGCCUGUGAUGAAUGGACAAUACUUCCAAAACCAAAUUUGCAUCGUGACCUCAAUAGAUUUGGACACACAGCAGUUGUAAGCAAUGGGUCUAUGUAUGUGUUUGGUGGUUUCUCUAGUAUGCUUUUGAAUGAUGUCCUUGUAUACAAACCUUCAAGCUGUGAAGCCUUCAGUGAAGAUCUUUGUCUGAAUGCUGGUCCAGGUAUUAGGUGUUUGUGGCGCAAGCAUCAUUGUGCUCCGUGGGAACUGGGCCAAAGUAAUAGUAGCUUCCACGAGGUGAAAUGUCCCCUCAAAACUGUAGCUACAGAUGACAGAUGUUUCAAGUAUACAGACUGUGGCAGCUGUACAGCCAAUAUGAAUGGAUGUCAGUGGUGUGAGGAUAAGAAAUGCAUUUCUAUCACCAGCAACUGCUCUGUGUCUGUAAGAAACAAUACAAAAUGUCGUGUGCGGAAUAUGCAUGUCUGUAGCAAAUUUACAAGUUGCAAGACCUGUUCAAUGAAGCUUAACUGUCAGUGGGAUGAGCGGAACCAAGAGUGUCAGGCUUUGCCAGCCCAUCUUUGUGGCGAAGGUUGGAGUCACGUUGGGGAUGUCUGCCUCCGGAUCAACACAAGUCGAGAAAACUAUGAUAAUGCAAAACUUUAUUGCUACAAUCUUAGCGGCAAUCUUGCUUCUCUUACCACAUCUAAAGAAGUUGAAUUUGUUCUAGAUGAGCUUCACAAAUAUACAGUUCAGAAAAUAUCACCUUGGGUUGGAUUACGCAAAAUUAACGUCUCCUACUGGGGCUGGGAAGAUAUGUCACCUUUUACAAACACAACUCUGCAGUGGCUCCCUGGUGAACCCAAUGACUCUGGUUUCUGUGCAUAUCUAGUAAGAGCCGAAAUUGUUGGAUUGAAGGCUUAUGCGUGCACUGAAAUGGCAAAUGGUCUAGUUUGUGAAAAACCAGUUGUCAGUCCAAAUCAAAAUGCUAGACCCUGCAAGACUCCUUGCUCCCUCCGAACAACGUGCUCGAAUUGCACAAGCCAGAAUGUGGAAUGCAUGUGGUGCAGCAGUGCUAAGCGUUGUGUGGAUUCCAAUACAUAUGUAAUCUCUUUUCCAUAUGGACAGUGCAUGGAGUGGCAGACUGUGAACUGCCUUUCUCAAAAUUGUUCUGGACUUCGUACAUGUGAACAGUGUUUGGAACACCCUGGUUGUGGUUGGUGUAAUGACCCUGCAAAUACAGGGAAGGGACAAUGUGUGGAAGGCUCUUCAAGAGGACCAAUGAAAUCUGCUGGGAAGAAUGCCCAAGAAAUGACACUUGAUAUGGAUCUUUGCCCAAAAGACAAAAACAAUGAAUGGGCUUUUAUUCAAUGUCCAGCUUGUCAAUGUAAUGGUCACAGCACAUGCAUCAAUGGCAGUAUUUGUGAACAAUGUAAGAACCUGACUGUUGGAAAACAAUGUGAAGCUUGCAUGCAGGGAUACUAUGGAGAUCCAAUCAACGGUGGCAGAUGUCAAUCUUGUAAAUGCAAUGGACAUGCAAAUGCUUGCCAUGCCCAAACUGGACAAUGCUUCUGUACAACAAAAGGAAUCAAAGGAGAUCAGUGUCAGUUGUGUGAGUCAGAUAACCGCUACCUUGGUAACCCACUUAAAGGAACCUGCUACUACAGUCUUUUGAUUGAUUAUCAGUUUACCUUCAGCCUCACGCAGGAUGAUGACCGCUAUUAUACAGCUAUCAACUUUAUGGCUACUCCAGAACAGACAAAUAAAGAUCUUGACUUGUCCAUCAAUGCGUCGAACAAUUUCAAUUUAAAUGUCACUUGGUCUAUUGGUUCAACAGCUGGAACAAUAUCUGGAGAGGAAGUACCUAUAAUCGCAAAAGCAAACAUUAAAGAGUACAGAGAUGGCUUUUCUUAUGAGAAGUUUAAUUUUCGCAACAAUCCAAAUAUCACAUUUUACGUAUAUGUUAGCAACUUUAGUUGGCCUAUCAAAAUACAGAUUUCCUUUUCACAACACAGUAGCUUUAUGGAUCUCGUCCAAUUCUUUGUUACAUUUUUCAGCUGUUUCCUGUCAUUACUCUUGGUGGCUGCUGUAGUAUGGAAAAUCAAACAAUCUUGCUGGGCUUCGCGAAGGAGAGAGCAACUCAUGAGGGAAAGACAGCAGAUGGCUAGCCGGCCUUUUGCAUCUGUUGAUGUCGCCCUAGAAGUUGGAGGUGAACCGCUAGAGGUUGUAAGAGGACCGCUAGAGGGAGCCCCCAAACCUAUUGCUGUGGAGCCCUGUUCAGGAAACAAAGCUGCAGUUUUGACAGUUUUUAUAUGCCUGCCACGAGGUUCAACUGGUACUCCUCCUCCUGGACAAACAGGUCUUGCCAUAGCCAGUGCACUUAUAGAUAUUUCUCAACAAAAACCAAAUGAGUGCAAAGAGAAGACCUCAGCAGUUAGAAACAGAAAACAACUCCCUCCAACACAUCAAGGAACUUGUGUAUAAAUUGUAUAAAAACUCACUUGUUUAUCUUUAAUCUUUUUUUCCUUUUGAUAUGGCUUUAUUUAUGAAGCCACUCAACAGCCUCAGACUUUGAAGGGGCAACAGCAUAAGAAUAUUAAAACGUGGGCCCUGUCAUCUCCAUAUAUAAAAUCAGAGAUGGGUCCUGUACCAGUCAAUGGAGGUUAGACUUGUCUUCCAUGCUGUCAUUUUGAUUUAUUACAUUUUCACAUCAUUAGUCAUAUUUUUGAAAACGAUCAUGAAAAUAAAAUUUAAAAUGCUCAAUGACCACAGAUUUUUUUUCCCUUUUAGGAACAUGUUGAAGGCAAUUGAUUGUGUAUGAAUAACUCAGUCUUUUUAAGAUUGUCAAAGUAUUAAUGCAGAUAUGUUAACGGGAAUGAAUGUUUUUGAUAUAUGUGGUACUGCAAUUUUGGUAACUGUGAAGGGGGAGGAGAGAAAUGUGUAAAUGUGGAUACAUUUGUAACCAUCUCUGAAGUCUGCGGUUAUUUUUAUUCUAUAGUGGACAUAUGGAAUAAUACCGCUGUUGGCGGUUUGAUUCAUGGUUGCUUGCAUGUUACAAUGGUGCUGGAGCAAUAAUUAGAAAUCAAUAGUAUGCUAAUUAUUUGAAAAAAAUACAAGUGUUGCAAUUUAUAAUAUUCCUGGAUUCUGCGUUUACAUUUCAGUCUUCGUAAGGAAUGCAGAAAAUACUUCACUGCUGUCUUGUUGAAUCACAUUAUAGGAGAGCAUUUAUAAAAAUGUUAUUUAUUGCAGACAUCUAAGGGGAAAACCCCACAUAAUUACAUUUUUUAAAACAUAGUAUAUCCAUUUUGGUGUUAGUUUACUGGGACAACUAUAUAUGACAAAAGGAAAGAAAACACAUCUUAGCAUGGAAAGCAGAUUGUGCAGUUCUGUCAGUGGUCAUUAUGUAAGUAACUUUGAUAAACACUUGAUUGAAAUGAUAGAUAUGUAAUGGUGAAGGACACAGGGUAGAAGAAUAACUUGAAUUCAUGCUUUUUUUUGUUUCUUGGAUGGGUUUAGGUGGCUGAGUUUGUCACAUAACAAUUUAGCUAAACAAUAAAUUUGAAAGAAUAUCUGCUUUUUCUAACUGAAAUUUGAUGUAAUUUCUAAAAAAAAAAGUGCAUCAGGCAAGCAUGGGACACUUGGUUCAGUAAUGUGUCUGAUUCCAGUUUUCAUAUUUGAAGGAAAUCUUCUCGUAGACUUAUACUAGACAAUGAUCUCGGACUUUUCCCUACUAUGUAUACAGAAGCUGUUCUUUAUAUGUAACAUUCGUGUUGAAUUGCACUGAUCUAUGGGAUUUUAGUUCUAACCUAUAUUGGAAACACAUUUCAAGUAAUUGUGUAUUAAGGAGUGAUGGAAGCCUCUUUUUUUUGCCUCAUAUUUCAGAUAAAGGUUCUGUGAUUACCAUUUUUUACUAAUUUGUUUCAUUCCAUUUGUGUCUUGCUAGGUAAUUCAUAAAAUUGUAAAGUUAUCACAUCUGUAAAUACACAUCUGACAGGAGCAGUCAAGUGAUUGCACAAAUAAGUAUUUUACACUGAAAUAUUUAGAUUUGUAUCAUUAAAGAACAGCUCACUUAAAUUUUGUGUUUAC